GGAAUCGGGAACGGAUACGGGAAAGGGCAGGAUACGGACUACGGGUAGCGAGGGUCGGUAGGGGGGCGCAUGUGAAAAGCGCGUAAAGAAAAGACAUAAGGAGUCAAUUGUAAUUUAAAAAGGAGGGAAUCAAUAAUAGAGGCUGCAUCAUGGGAAACGUUUGCAGUUCCGGCCAGAAGAAAAAGAAGGACAAAGACAGUGCCUCCGAAAAGUCCGACGACUCACCUCCCUACCAGGAGGCUGACCAGAAGGACACCCUGAUCUCCACCGAUACAAAUGCCGGCGAUAUGAAGCGUGCCCCCCUGGCAGCAGUGGAGGCGCUGCCAGAGGUGACACAAUUGCCGGAGACCAAUGGCAACCAGCUGCAAGCCCAGAAGCAGCAGCCACCGACAGUCCAAGGAAAAGGCACUGGAGCGGACAAGGAUUCCAGCAGUACCACUCCUCAGGGGGCGCAGGCGCCCAGCGACGUGGUAAACGCAAAUCCGGGAUCUGGAAACCUGAGCGUCUUGCAGGGCAAGCCACCGCCUAGCCGAAAGAUCGAGCGGGACAAGAAGAUCGUGGUUUACAUCCUGGCGGACAAUAGCACCGAGUACAAGAAACAUAAGCGUGUCGUCCACAGCUUGUACAAACACUUCAAGAGCAAGUGCCAAAGCCGAGGCUUCGACUUCAUCAUUUCGGAUGUGCACGACAGCGAGCCGGAUGCGGAGUUGGGCAAUGGAAAUGGUCGAAAGGACUUCUCGCGUCUGCAGGAAGUAAAGCGCUGGACUCAAACGCCAUUGGAAGCCCAAGGCGGACACGAGGAGGCGGCCAACUGUCUUUGCGAAAUCACACGCCACUCGGCAGGAGCUUACAUUGUGCCUGUGCUCUUCUUGGGUGCCACGCUAGGCACUCCGAUGCUGCCACUUACCAUCGAGAGCCAGGACUUCACCUCUGUGCUGGGAAGCGCCAGCGAGACGGAGCGUCUUCUCCUUGAAAAGUGGUACACCAUCGACAACUCCUACCAACCGAUGUGCCACCGGCUCCACGCCCAACAGGUGGACCCAUACUCCGCCCAAGCUAACGGCGAGCUCAACGAGCUGCUUGCUGUUCUGCUGCGUCUCUUCUCCGACGACGUCAAGGACUCGUAUCUGACCACCGUUGUGGAACAGGAAAUCAACAACACUGUGCUGAUGAGCCAAGAGCUUGCUAAGAGGUGCAUAUGGAUCCAGACAGGCGCCCAGCUGUCACGCGCGCCGGAUAAUGCUAGCCAGCUGGAGCUGGAGGUGCAGCGGAGGAUUAGCCGUGUCUAUUCGGAGCUCAAAAGUCAACUAUGCGAGAAGAACCUGAUCCGGCUACUGCCCACUAUGAGCAUCUUGGACGAGGAGCUUUCGGCCGUAAUCGAGAGCUUGCUGGACAAGGCAAUGGCCGGUAUCUUCGAGGAGCACCAACAAAAGAGCAGCAUUCCCUACAACACGCUGGGCGUCGACCGGGUGCUGCUCGAGGAGCUGCAUCUAAUUGGCCAUUAUUCGAAACUUCUGGCGCAAAACUCAGCCAAUUUCGACAUCAUGAAUGACGUGAAGAGGUAUAUACGGGACAGCACUGUCCAACCGUUGGUUAUAUCCGGUGCUCGGGGGUGCGGCAAGAGUGUCCUGGUGUCAAAAAUCAUGGAGAACGUGCAUCGCUGGAAACCAGAGGCACAGCUCAUACUGAGAUAUGCCAACCUGAGUGCCCGAUCCUCGGACCUCACUUCGCUGCUAGGUUCCAUGGCCAAUCAAAUGUCAGUUCUGGAAACAGGCCACCAAUGUCAAGUGCCACAUACCCUUGCGGCUUACGCAGAAGUGAUUCGCGAGAUCCUGGGGCGACAGCAGCGUUUCUUCGUACUGAUCGUGGACGGCGUGGACGAGCUGCUGCGCGAGGAGACACUGGACUGGCUACCCCAGCAGCUGGGCAACUCCAAGCUUAUCCUGACUGUCAGCGAACUAGGGGAGGGGAUAGAAGAUGCGGAUACGACUGGUAACUCCGUUGAUAUGCUUGCCGCGCUGGCGCAGCUGGGCAUACCACAGCGCUGUUUCCUGCGCCUUCGCCAAUUCACAGAACGUCAGUGGCACGAUAUCCUCAGUUCCGGUGGCGGUGACUUCUAUGCGGCCAAUGGGGCUCUCAAGUUACCCGACGAAUGGAAGACCCUUCACGGAAAGACUCCAUACCACGCAAAGUCAUUGUGGUGGCUCGCAUGGCUGGGUCAUGUGGCCCAACCGAUCAGCGAGAUCGGGGAUAUCUCCGGUAGGAUCUUGCAGGUGCUUGAGUCCAAGUUUGCCACCGAUCAGGUGGAGCUGCUGCUGUUGAUUGUGCGGCUUUCGCCUUGGGGAAUCCGGGAAAGCGACUGCCUGGGUGUGUUUCAGAAAAUGACCCAGCUGGAGGCGCAGGUCGCCUUUAAGAUAUGGUCCAAGUUCUGCUGGCUGAUGGGACCAAUGCUGUUAGGUCUUAAGAAUAUUAGAAUAGCAGACAGGAGCUUUGGAUGUGCCGUCCUAGCGAGGUACGCGCAGAAACAAUGGCUGGUUCAUGAAGCGCUGCGGGACUACUUCGACCGGCAGGACAGCGAGUUCAAGGGUAUCCAGGGCGCUAACACCUACAAUUACCAAAAGUACUUAAAACUGCCUUAUCAUCACUUCUGUGCCGUCAUCGAGGAUAAGCCGGCGCCGCACAAGAUCGACAUACACUUCAACUGUUUUUACUUUACCGACCUGCCCUGGAUCGCCAACAAGGUACAUGCCACAGGGCCAGACCACCUGCUUAAUGACAUCCUUCAGGCGAAAUGGCUAGCCAAGGACGCCAAUGACUCUGCCUCUAGCUAUGUCCAUAUAAACUUCCUUAAGGAAUUCCUCGAGCAGUAUCUUCACGAACUAAGCUACGAUGGCAAGCAGUUCUACACUCUAAUGAAGUACUACCUGAAGACGCGCUUCCGGGAAUCGCCAGAACUCAAGGACGAUGAGAAGAUAAGGUCCUGGUGGGAAUGCACCAACGAGCUGGAGUUUGCUUUUCUGGAGAUCAUGAAUGCAGAUAUAGAUGCGGAAAAUGGUAAUCGGGCGGAACCGGAACAGGAGAACGCCAAAGUCGAGGGUGAUGCCCAAGGCACCAACCCAGUUAAGGGCUAUGAUGUGCUGAUGAAUCUUCCGCAGCCCGGGUGCUAUGUGGCCUCUUUGUGCACGGAGCGCGCUGAGAUCUGUAUCUGGGAUGUAAAAAAUUGUUGCCGCAUUCGUGAGCUUCAGGGCAUCCAGCAGCCUACGGCAAUGUGUCCUGUCGGCAAUUAUGAAGCCGCAGUUCUGUGUCGCCGUGAGAUCCGUGUAAUUAACCUUGACGAGGGAAAAUUCAAGGUCACACUCAAGGGUGUUAUGAACCAGAAGAUGCCCUACUUUGGGUUGCAUGAUCAGAAUCAUCUGGUUUGCCUUUCCCGCAACCGCAUGUAUGUCAAUCUCAUGAAUCUGGAGUCUGGUGAUUGUGUGACCACUUUUAAGGCCGGCGAGGAUCGCUUUCUGAACUCCUUAUUAGUCUCUGGAGAUGGACGAAUCCUGGUCUGUGGUGACGAGACCCAAAAACCCUUCCCUCUGCUUGUCUGGCAUCUGUCGCAGCGAAAACUUUUGUAUGAUCUCCGCAUCCCGCACCACGACUUUAUCACCUCGCUCUCCGCCAUCACCCACGAAGGAUCCUACGUCUGCGUAGUGGCCAAGGAGCUGAAUGAACCGACAACUCCCAACUUUAUUGUGGUCUACGACCUUCAGAGUGGUACUUUGUUCAAGAAGUGGAAGCCCAGUUGCAACACCGUUUCCCUGGCUAUCUCCCAGGUGAACGCUUGUGUAAUAGCCGGUCUGGAGGACUCAAAGAUUUUAAUAUGGGACCUGGUCACGGGCAACUGCAAGAGCACUCUCAUCGGUCACAAUGCACCGGUAACCUUCCUGAAGUUGGACCCACUGGGAAAAGUUCUACUUUCCUAUGACAAGGAGGGACGAGACACUGCAAUUCGAAUGUGGGAAUUGAAUUCCGCCAAAUCUCUUGCCGUUUUUAAGCCACCUGCUCAAGUUAGCACAUGUGAGAUACUGCCCAACGGGGCUUUUGUUGUCCUAGCUCUUAAGGACCGCAACGCCCUGCUGACCCUAGCUCUAAAGAAUUACGGUGGCGGCUCGGGUGACGUAUUGGAGGAUGAUUGCGGCACCCUGUACGGCAAUCCGGACAACCAGCGCAAAGUUUUCGACUUGAGUAAUUAAAUCAAUUAACGCUAGUUAUCAUUAUUCAAAUUAUAAAUGAACUUAUCGGAGGAAGCCCCUGGGAGGA